CCAGCGCGUCCGUAACCCAGGGCAACUGUCGUUGUCGCCCGCAGGCGGGGACUAAGCUGCCCGGGGGCCUUCCACCCCGCUGGCUCCACAGGAGGGUGUGAGCGGCUGCGGCCGCUUCCCCGCCUCCGGGGCGAGGCCCCAGACCACUCCACGGGUGGCAGAGCGAGACGCCCCGCUCAGUUCGAAAGAAGAAGAUGUUAAAGACUUUAAGCAACCAUCACAGAAAUGGAUCUCUGUCAGAAAAAUGAAAUUGAAUCAGAAAAUUGUGAAAAUAAUGAAAUUCAAAGCACAGAAGAUACUGAAUUAAUCUGUACUUGUCCCGAUGAAAGAAGUGAAAAGAAUCAUGUUUAUUGUCUUCUCAGUAUCAGUGACAUUACACUUGAACAAGAUGAAAAAGCCAAAGAGUUUAUCAUUGGAACUGGAUGGGAAGAAGCAGUCCAAGGCUGGGGAAGGACUUCUCCAACUGCCUGCAUCUGGCCCAGGAAGAAGCUUAAAAAGGAGAGGGUGGGAGAAAGUGCCAGCAGCUGCUUACUCUGUGUCAGUCUCUCACAAGGGAGCCUGGAGGCCAGGCUUCAACUGGAGGCCGGGAAGUUGGAGUCAGGGUCUUCAGCUCCAGCUGAGGCAGGCCCAGAGAAGGAUGGAGGCAGCCUCUCCCAACCACCAGGGCACCCCCCAGGCCCCAUCACUGCCUCAAGGGAAGUUAACAAGAUCUGCUUUCCCACUUACAGUCAAGGAGAGAAAAAAAGUCUGCAAAUAAAGGAGUUUAUUUGGUGCAUGGAAGACUGGGUGGCCCCUGAGACUGUUAGGGGCAAGGAUCCCAGAAGUCCUGGAGGAGGCACUGACAGAGGUCCCUCCCUCUCAGACUCCUUGACUUCCAAGGCUCUUUUAGUUCUACCUCCCCUGAAGGCUUCACCCCCAAAUGGCUUGGAUGUUCUGGGUAAGAAGAGUAAGAACUUUCUCUCUCAGCCAGAAGAGAAGGUGCUUAGUGUGGAAAAGGAUGAGUGUGUGGCUUAUGCAAAUGGAUUAAAAACAGUGGACAGGACAGGUGAAAAGAGACCCACUGAGCCAGCCAUACACCAUCAGGUCAAGGAAACGCAGCUCUUCCCGAGCCCGGUGACCCGGACGUCCCUGCUGGCUGACCCCAAGCCGUGCUGCUUGCACUGGUCCCUCCUGCCUGAGAAAAACCUGGUGUGCCCUCCCCACCCCAGAAGUGUUCGCUGUCUUGCUACCUUGCAGCUUUUGCAGAAACAAGGAGUGCAGAGCUACAAAGCCAAAUUCAAAGCCAGGGAGCCAAGACCUCCUGUGAAAACCGCAAAGCGCGUUCUCACGGAGUCCAAGCAGGAAAACAGGCCCCAAACGCUGGAGACCAAAGUGUUGUCGAGACCUCUCUUGCCGUCCCUUACAGUGAGCAGAAUUGUAAUUCCCGUGUCCACUCACAGACUCCUCUGAGUUGCCACAAUAUAAUUCCCUGGGAACAAGACCAUCUGAAAGUCAUUCAUCCUCUCUUCCCUCUCUCCCUCCUGCCCCCACCCCGGUCUCUUAUUUUCUCCUCCUCCUCUCCCUCCUCCUUUUCUUCUCACGCACUCUUCUCUCCCUCCUUCCUCCCCUCCUUCUUUGUAGCAGAACCAGAGGAAAUGAACCUCAUCGUAUAGGUUUUGGUUUACUCUCCAAACUCCCAUAUUCAUGUGUUACCCGCUUCUGUUGCUUAGCUAUUUACAAAAUGCAAACUGGUAAUGCCAGUCUCCGCCUCUGCCUGGCUUAUCUCUCCACUGGAAGACAAAUGGAUGCUGGGGAAUCUGAAGGGCCUCCCUCAGUGAUGCCCUCAUGUCAGCCCUGGGCCAACUGGCAGAGGCUCUUUCUGCCCCCACAACCCCAGUGCCUCAAGCCAAGUGUACUGGGCUUGUUUAGACCAAAUUUUUUCCUAAUCUGUUGAACCUAGCAGAUAUCUGUUGCCUCAUUUUCUCUUGCAACAAAGAUCUGCUUUUAUAGAGAAAAUUCCAGCCUAUAUCCAAAUGAAUAUCCUUGUGUCCCCGGUGACAUAUCCUUAUGUUAUAUCUAUGGAUGCACCAUAUCCUGUAUGUCCCAGAUUUCAUACAUUGUAGCCUCAUGCUAGUCUCUUCAUCUGGGAAGUUUUAGCUGUAGUUCGACAAAACCUAUCUUUGGAGGUAGACUGAGAAUGAUUAUUUGAAAAAGAAUGUCACUGUGAUUACUGCAGCCCACAUGCUUCCUCCAGUCCUGUCUUACACCUAACAUCUGGGAGCCCUACAAGCCCAGACAGACACUUACGAAAUGGGGCUGUUACUUUCUCCCUUCUCCCGGCUUUCCUCCCCGCUCAUUUUACCCCAGUGCACGUUUCCUGAAGUUGUAUAUAAAUUAAAUGUUUGUAAAUGAGUUAUAGUUUAAAUGUGAAGUGACAAUGCUAUGUAGAGAAAUGCUCUGAAAAACCAUUUUGUAACAUGAAUAUCCACUUAGCCACUCUGUAAUUACACAGUUUGCAUUUGCUUAAGGUAGGUUGUGCUUGAACUCUAGACUUUCCAUCUUCUAAAUGAUGAGCAGACAGAAUAUAUGACUGUAUUUGUCAACAACUGCUUUCCAUAAUUGGUCUUUGUAAUGUCUUGUCUGUUUAAGUAUAGGUUUUUUGCUUAAUUUAUUGGUUUGUCUUUACAAAACACCAGAAAUGCAGGAAUGAUUACAAUACAACAGUCAUUAAAAGGUGUAUUUUGCCUAUUGAGGUUCGACACUUUACAGUCUAGAAGCAGUUUCCAGGUUCUACUCACCCUUUUUACUCUGAAUGAAGAAACCAUCUGGAUUCAUCCCCAAGAAGUGGCCCUGAUUUCCCACUGUGUCUGGACAGUGGGGCUGUUGGAUUCAGCACUGUUUGAGGACCCUCCAGCUAUGGCAGCCUGCCCACAUUAGUCAGUAGUUUUUCAAGCCCCCUUCUAUAAGCAGAAGAAUAAUAAGCUCACUCUAAAACAAUCAGAAGUGUUUGAUUGGGAGGGAAAGGUAUCCACCAGUGUGAGUGAGGGACAGAGCCCACCUACUCAGCCCCGAUGUACU